GCAACUCGGGUUUCUCACAAGUGUAAUCGAUACGGUGCUAAAGCGGCCUACAGAAUACAUUAAUUUAUAAAGCUCUUCCACUGUGGACGCUUCUGUGAUAUCAAAGAAUUUUGACUAUACUUUAUAAAUCGGCCAGAACAAAUCGCUUGUCCUUCUUUGUAGGAUUGUAUCACAGUGUAAAGACCCUUAUUUUUUCUGCGGCAUACAAUGAAACAGACGUAGACAGACAGCCCCCGCUUCUUUCCUGGUGGAGGAGGAAAUUCCAUUUUUGUGAGGAAAUUAACGGUAAUUUUACGCAGAUUCUACGAAAGUGAUCUUCUGCAAUCCAGGAUGGAAGAGAUAGACAGCUUGAUUCAGACUCUUAUGGAGAAAGAAAUUCCUGAUGGGCGACAGGCUUUGAAAGAUGGGCACGAAAAUCUGGCUAAAGUCGCUGCUUACUGCGAACAGAAAUAUCGAGACACAAACAAGCAUCACGCUUCGCCUGGCUCAGAUAAAACGAAGGCUUUCGAAGAAACAAGGGCUGCUCUGGAAGAGACAAAAAAGUUCGCCACACAGUCGUUAGCAAGCGUGGCUUAUCAGAUAAACUCUUUAGCCCUCAGCAUGUUGAAUUUGAUGGAUAAUCAAGCUCUGAAGGUAGAGUCACUAGAAGCCACAGUUCAUCUCUUUGGACAGAGUGUUGAAGCUCAUAAAGAGAAAGUGGCUCGUCUCAAGAUAGGUGCUCUUGGUUCCAACAAGUCAAGAAAAAUUGUACCUAAAAUAGUGAUACCAGCUGAAAGAGAGGAACCUGAAACAUACGAUUAUGAGGGAGUGCCAAUCGAUUUUCACAGUCUGGAUAAUUUAGGGAAUGGUGCCAAGACAAAGAGCAGAUCUCAAGAAGGUCAACAAGGCAGCAAGAAAAAAGGAGGCAGAGGAAGUUCAAGGAGGGCGCAAUUCACAAAUCCUCCACCUCCUCCUGUACCCCCUCCAUCUGUGCCUUCAUCAGGUUCAGACCUGCCCUCACCCCAACCAGAGGCAAACCAGGCAACUGCAUUUCCAGCAGAUAGUGGUGCCAGUGUCCCUCCUCCUCCACCACUCCCAACAGGGGUACCUGCUCCCCCACCCCCUCCUGGCAUUGGAGGAUCUGUGCCUCCCCCACCACCACCACUUCCUGGAAUAGGAGGAUCGAUACCUCCCCCACCACCACCACCGGAUAUUGGAGGAUCAGUACCAUCCCCUCCACCACCUCCUGGUAUUGGAGGAACACUCCCACCUCCGCCGCCACCACCCCCUGGUAUUGGAGGAGCCAUACCACCCCCACCACCACCCCCUGGUUUAGGAGGAGCAGUUCCUUCCUUACCAAAACCCUCUGGUAAAGGAGGAGCAGUUCCCCCUCCCCCACCACCACCCCCUUGUGUAGGAGGAGCAAUUCCUUCUCCACCAAAACCCCCUGGUAAAGGAGGAGCAGUUCCUCCUCCCCCACCACCACCCCCUGCUAUAGGAGGGGCAAUUCUGCCACCACCAACACCCACUGUUGUUCCAUCCUCACUAAUUCCCCCUGGCUCAGGAGGAUCAAUUCCUGCCCCACCACCGCCCCCUCCUUUGCCGAGUGAUGGUGCCAAUGCUAAGCUAUCCAAGCCAGGCACAAUGAGUCCAACCUCCUCACCCCCUCCCGAUGAGGAAGACUACUACCAAUCCCCAUCAUCACUACCAAUGCCGGUGCCACAAGAGGACUUGUACCAGGUCCCUUCCUUGUUAACAGGAAAAGAGAAGUCUUGCAUCCCUAACAGCUAUAUAGAAAAAGUCGUGACCUUGUAUGAAUAUGUUCGGGAAAGAGACGACGAGCUUACAUUUCAAGCAGGAAAGAUCAUUUACGUCGUCAAGAAAUAUGAUAACGGUUGGUUCGAGGGUGUCAUGGAAAAUGGUUCAAGUGGUCUAUUCCCGGGAAAUUAUGUGGAAAUUUGUCUUUAAUGAAAGACAGCAAUUUCGUUUACUCGCGUAAAUGUUGGCGUAGCGGAAAAAAAAUCCUCUAUAUGCAAAUUAUGGUGUAGGAAAAGUUUAAGAUUGUGACCAAGUUUGAAGAACCGCAAGGAAAUGCAAGUAAGGAAACUGCAGUUGAAUGGUCGGUUUAUUUAUACUUCUUAUAUUUACACUGAAACAAAACAAGUUAGAGGCUUGUUCAAGAUAAAUCUGGCCGCAUAUAAUAUAGCAAAAACAUUUAUGUUCAAUGUAGCCGAAUUCUGCGGUAUAUAGUUAAAGAAAUCUUUCUCUUUGCACCAGUUCAACUGGUUGGACAAAAGCUGUAACCAAGCUUGAGUUAUGAAUUUUGCAUGAUUUUAGGCCAAGCUUGUUUGAAACGAAUAGUUUGAACAUUUUAAUAGCUCUUAUAAUUUUCUGAAUAACUUCGUUUAUGAAUAAGUAUAAUCGCAGAAAACAAAGGACAACUUUGCAAUUAAAAGCAAGAAAUUUUAAGAACUGGCAUACAUAUUUGCUUAGAAUUGGGUUAAAUUACGAUAUAAAAAGAUGCUACUACUUUUAUUUGUUUAAUAAACGCCAUGCAAACCCGA